UAUAUAGUAGUAUAUACUUAUCUCAAUCUUCACAAUUUUAUGUUUCAUUACGGUAUCAAACGAGUAUUAAUUAGAUGGAGAUUAAAGGAAUAGUGGCACUAGAGAGGAAACUUGUUGAGAAACAACAAGAAAUUAAUAAAUAUUUGAAAACAAUAGUGGGACUUGAGAAGAAACUUGUUGAGAUACGACAAGAAAUGGAUAAUUCUUUGGAGAUUUCAUUGAAAUUGGUGUUGAUUGUAGUUUUUUUCCUGAUGGUGCUGCUUUGUCCAAUUUUCUUACUUCUCACUUUUAGCCAGUGUGAAAAGGGUAUGGAGAAAUCUUUGGAUAUUUUAUUGAGAUUUGGUGAUGAAUCAAUUAGGAAUAUAGAGAAAUCUGAAGAAAUAAUAAUGGGACUAGAGAAGAAACUUGUUGAGAAACAACAAGAAAUGGAGAAAUCUUCAGAAAUUUCACUCAAAUUUGCUUAUCAAUCAAUGUUGGCAAAGGAGAAACAAGAGAAGAUAAAUAUGGAGCUAGAACAAGAAGUUUAUGCAAACCAAGCACGAAUUCUUGAACUAGAGAAACAACUCGGAAUUAUGACGGUUUCGGGCUCCGAUUUAGUUCCUGAAAAAUCAGUUUCUGAUUUAAAGAAUAAUAAUGUGGAUGAAGAUGAGAAAGAUCUUGAAGAAACAAGUUCUUUACUUGAUCGGAUAAUUAAGAAAGGUAUUGAAAUUGUGCUAAGAUUGGCCGAUAAAGUAAUGAAGGCAAAGAAUAAAGGAGAAGAGCUUUUAAAGGAUAUAGCAAGAAUUGUGCAACAAGUGAUAAAAAGAAUUGCUAAAAUGAAAUGAAAUGGAAGAUUAUGAUAUGUGGAUGAGGGAAUAAGUAUUUUUAAAUUAAUUACUAAGAUAGCUAUUUAAUCUUGCAUGUUGGUAUGGGAUAAUUUUUCUUGGCUAAACUCAUUUUGAGGUUCUUGUCUAUUCGGUUUUUAAUUAUCCGGUCACUAGUAUUCUAAUUAUAUUUUUGUA